UUGAAACAAAUAUGCGUAUAUUGAUCCAAUUCCAACUCCAAACAACGACAUCUGCAGAUAUACAAAAUGUUCCGUUCUGGAUAAUGUGGCGACUGUGGAAAUCACGAAACGACUUUAUCUUUCGAAAGAUCAAUCGCUCUCCACUAUCUGAAGCAAAAAAAGGGAUACAAGAAGCAAACGAAUGGUAUGCAGCAACAAAUACAUCAGCGGAUUCUGUUUCUACAACAAACCACUCUCACGAUUUGCCAAACAGACGAAUAAUGCAGCAAUGGCAUCCUCCUCUUGAUGGAUGGUUAAAAUGCAACUUUGAUAGCGGUUUUGUACAAAACAGAGAAUACACCAGUUCAGGUUGGAUAAUCCGCGACAACAACGGACAAGUGGUCGUCUCAGGCUGUGCUAAACUACAACAGUCACGAUCUCCCCUUCAAGCUGAAGCUCUAGGAUUUCUCCAAGCUCUUCAAGUGGUGUGGCAUCAAAGAUUACAUUAUGUAUGGUUUGAAGGUGACAAUUUGGAACUUACAAAGCUCAUCAACACAGGGAAAGACCACCACAAGUUAAGUCCUCUACUCUAUGAUAUUCGGUAG